AAGAAUAUAUCAUUGUUUUAGAAAAUGGAAUGUAUAAUGAAUUGCGUCGUCAGGAAUAUCACACAAAUUAUUUUUUAAAAAAUUUUACAAAAUGGACGAGUGGAAAUAAAAAAAUUGAUACUUUUAUUCAAAAAAUGCAAUUAACAGAUAAUAGACAAAAUAGUAAUAUAUGUGAGUGGAUACCAUACAAUCAGUUUGUUAAUAUUAAAGAAAUAGAAAAAAAUGAUUUACUUAUAAUACAUUCAGCUAUAUGGAAUGAUAAUCCAUUAUAUUAUAAUUCUAUUAAAGAGGAAGUGAUAAGAAAGCCUAAAAAAGUUACAUUAAUUACAUUAAAUUAUUUAAAUAAGUCACAAAAUAUGAUUGAUGAUUUUCUUAAUAAGGUUAAAGAUAUACUGAUGGUUAACAACUAUAAAGUAUAUGAUUCCUUUUAUAAGAAGUAUUAUUCAUUAAUUUGUGGAAUAUCUCAAAAUCCAGAUACAGGAAAUUAUAUCAUAGUUUCACAGGAUGAAUAUUGCGAAAAAUGCAGUAAGCAAUAUAUAGACAUACGGGAUAAGUGGUGUUUAUGUCAAAAUAAUUUAACAAAUUGGAGUGGAAAUAAAAAAAUUGAUGAACUAAUCCAAGAAGUGCAAUUAAAAAUUAAUAAAUCUGAUAUUAUAGUAGUUGAAUGGAUACCAUACAAUCAGUUUAUUAAUAUUAAAGAAACUGCAAAAGAUAAUAGCAAUGCUGCUAUUAUAUAUUCAGCAAUAUGGAAGAAUGGUCCAUUACAUACUAGUAAGGAAUGGAUAAGGAGCUCCUAUGCAAAUGUUGUAUUAAAAUCUUUAGAUAUCAAUGAAUUUUCCAGUAAGGUAUGACAAUUAUCUAUAAGUUUAAUUUAAAUACUUCAAAAUAAAUAAACAUAUAUACUUAUUAAUAUAUAUAGGUUGACAAUUAU